AAAGCCUGCAUUUUUUUUAACACAUCUAGAGAAAGACAUUUAUGAAACAUGCUCACUGGUUUCUUUCCUGAACAUAUCUAUUCAAUUGUUUGUGGAUCGUGUGGGAUUAUUUCUACCCGUGGAAGCGAAGGAGCGAGGACGGGAGCUUGUGUGCCGACCCCCGCUGCUGCUCCAGAUAGUCUCUCCCGGCGCUCUCCAGCAGCCGUAUUGUGCGUCAUUUCAUCGCUGCUGCGUUGUGUUUUUCUACCGAGGCAACAUGGCAACUCCCGCUGCGGUCAACCCGUCGGAGAUGGGCAGUGAGUUGCCAGGAUCCGUUGCGAUGCCCGGGGCGGUGGGCGCGGGCCAGGUGAGGAUGAGCGGGGCCGUGCCAGGCCGCGGCGGCAAGCGGAGAUCCGGAGGAAUGGACUUUGAUGAAGAGGAUGGAGAGGGCCCUAGCAAAUUUUCAAGGUAUGAUGAUGAGCAGGUUCCUGGUGGUGGUGAUAAGGAGAGAUAUGCCAGCUGCCGGAGCAAAUCCUAUCAAACAGAGAACCACAGUGAGAUCGAACGGCGCCGGCGCAACAAGAUGACCCAGUACAUCACGGAGCUGUCGGACAUGGUGCCCACCUGCAGCGCCCUGGCCCGCAAGCCCGACAAGCUGACCAUCCUGCGCAUGGCCGUGUCCCACAUGAAGUCCAUGAGGGGCACGGGCAACACCUCCACCGACGGCGCCUACAAGCCCUCCUUCCUCACCGAGCAGGAGCUGAAGCACCUGAUCUUGGAGGCGGCGGACGGCUUCCUGUUCGUGGUCGCCGCGGAGACGGGCCGCGUGAUCUACGUGUCGGACUCUGUGACGCCGGUGCUGAACCACCCGCAGGCGGAGUGGUUCGGCAGCACCCUGUACGAGCAGGUGCACCCCGACGACGUGGACAAGCUCCGGGAGCAGCUCAGCACCUCCGAGAACUCCAUGACAGGAAGGAUCCUGGACCUGAAGACGGGCACGGUGAAGAAGGAGGGGCAGCAGUCGUCCAUGAGGAUGUGCAUGGGUUCCCGGCGCUCCUUCAUCUGCCGCAUGAGGUGCGGCAGCGCUCCCCUGGAUCACAUCUCCCUGAACCGGCUGUCCAACAUGAGGAAGAGAUACAGAAACGGCCUCGGACCCUCAAAGGAAGGAGAGGCUCAGUACUCGGUGGUGCAUUGCACAGGCUACAUCAAAGCAUGGCCCCCUGCAGGGAUGACCAUACCAGACGAGGACACCGAAGCAGGACAGACUGGUAAAUACUGUCUGGUGGCCAUCGGCAGACUGCAGGUGACCAGCUCUCCUGUUUCCAUGGAUAUGAACGGCCUAUCGGUGCCCACCGAGUUCCUGUCCCGUCACAACUCUGACGGCGUCAUCACCUUCGUCGACCCGCGCUGCAUCAACGUCAUCGGUUACCAGCCGCAGGACCUGCUGGGCAAAGACAUCCUGGAGUUCUGUCAUCCAGAAGACCAGAGUCACCUGAGGGAAAGCUUCCAGCAGGUGGUGAAGUUGAAGGGCCAGGUUCUGUCGGUGAUGUACCGGUUCCGCAUGAAGAACCGGGAGUGGAUGUUGAUCCGGACCAGCAGCUUCACCUUCCAGAACCCGUACUCGGACGAGAUCGAGUACAUCAUCUGCACCAACACCAACGUCAAGCAGCUCCAGCAGCAGCAGCAGGCAGAGCUGGAGGUCCACCAGCGAGAUGGACUGACUGCUUACGAUCUCUCUCAGGUGCCCGUCACCAGCGUCGGAGGUGGAGUCCACGAGGCGGGGAAGAGCAUCGAGAAGACGGAGGCGCUGUUCUCCCAGGAGAGAGACCCGCGCUUCUCCGAGAUGUACACCGGCAUCUCUGGCGCUGGAGAUAAGAAGAUGAUGGCUCCAGCCUCCACAGCUGGAGGACAGCAGCUGUACUCUCAGACCUCCCCCUUCCAGCAGGGACACUCUGGGAAGAGCUUCAGUUCCUCUGUGAUCCACGUGCCAGGCGUGAAUGACAUCCAGCCAUCAGGCUCGUCCAAUCAGAACCUAGCGCAGAUCUCCAGACAACUCAACCCCGGACAGGGGGCCUGGUCAGGGAACAGACCCCCCUUCUCUGGACAGACCAACAAGGCCCAGUCCAGCCCCUUUGGCAUCGGCUCCGGACACAGCUACCAGGCGGACCCGGCGUCCUACAGCCCCCUGUCUUCCCCGGCCACCUCCUCCCCCAGUGGCAACGCCUACUCAGGACUGACCAACCGCAGCACAGCCUUUGAUGUGUCGGGGGAGAGCAGCCAGAGCGGGGCUCAGUUCCAGGGGCGUCCCAGCGAGGUGUGGUCCCAGUGGCAGAACCAGCACCACUCCCAGCAGCCCGGCGAGCAGCACACACACCCCAACCCCGGACAGACCGAGGUCUUCCAGGACAUGUUGCCCAUGGCCGGGGACCCCACCCAGGGAACGGCCAACUACAACAUUGAGGACUUUGCUGACCUUGGCAUGUUCCCGCCAUUCUCCGAGUAGCCGCACCCUCCCCCUCUUCCCUCCCCCCUCCCCCCGCCUCCCCUGUUACGGCCUCACCCUCCUUCCUCCGAAUCUCAAAAGUCUGUUUUUUGUUUUCCCCCCGUCUCUCUUUCGCUCUCGCUCGGCCGAACCCUCGACAUGCGGCCGAGGAGCGUAGCGGGAGUGGUUGCGUCUCUUCGAUGGCCUUCGCGCCGCAAAACCUUCCUUUUUUAACGGCUUUUCCGCAGAAAAACACACACGUGCAACGCAGGGCGAGCACGCACCCACCUCACACACGCGGCGUCAAUGUAUUACCACGCGUGCCGCCCGUACGGGGUGCGCGUGUCGCCCCCGGAUGUUCCGUUUCGGUGUGUGUGUGUGUGUGUGUGUGUACAUCCCUCACACACUCUGCGUUCCUUCCCCCCCCCCUGUCUCCAUGCCCCCUCUGCAGUAUGUAUAGCUCAUUGUAACGCGCGUACCUCAUUCCGGUAGUAGAAGAAGAAGAUGAUGAUGAUGAAGAAGAAAGCUUCAGUUCAAAAGUGUUGUCCAUGUUCCAGAAACACGUUGAUAUACAAAGUGUACCAAUGGGUUUAUUUCCCACUCCUACUCCUGACCACCUGGUCCAUUGUUCAGUGUCUGUCUCUCUCUCUCUCUGUGUGUGUGUGUGUGUGUGUGUGUGUGUGUGUGUGUGUGUGUGUGUGUGUGUGUGUGUGUGUGUGUGUGUGUGUGUGUGUGUGUGUGUGUGUGUGUGUGUGUGUGUGUGUGUGUGUGUGUGGAGGGGAGCCGCAACUUGCGCACAACUUAUUUCUUGACAAACAGCUAACGCCGCACCAGGGGACAGAGACGGUGCGGUGACACGCCCGCCGCCCUGGGGCCCGCCGCCCUGGGGCCCGCCGCCCAGGGGCCCGCCCCCCUGGGGCCCACCACCCAGGGGUCCAGCCACCGGUUGUAAAUUCAAUAAACACCUAUCAAUAAAGACUCAAACUAUCGUUUCGAUGUCUAUAACCCUCGUCCUCGUCCUCCACCUCCUCGGACAUCACCCCACGGUUCCCAGGGUAUAGAAGACACCCACGAAGUAAGCAAACGCACACACGCGAACAACAAGCUGACCGCUUACAGUGGCUGAGCUCAGGCUUAACGUGCACUUCAUAAGCUACCGUUCGCUACUCACCAGCCUGAUGGGGGGGGGGGGGGGGGGGAAGGAAAAAUGGGAAAGAAAAAAAAAAUCACGCCAUACGGUCAAAGCGCAGUAUUUACUAGUGUAUUUGGUGUUGCUCUUGCUACUUGACUUUAUUACUUUUCAAUUAUCUUUUUUCGACUAUUAACAGAGACUGAAUAACACUUUAUAGAGGGGGCGGGCGGGCGGGGGGGUCUUUUACACAAUAGAUUGUAUAAAUGUGUACCAGGGCAACACAAAACAGGAAAUUGUUGAACUGAUCUUGGAAAUCCUUUUGUUAAAAAAAAAUAAACGUCCAAUCAAUGUUUGUUUUUGUAAAUAAUGUGAUUUUUAUGUUGACCUGUGUUACUUUUACACAGUACAUGUUUGUGUAGGUUUUAAUGAUAUCAUUGUGUGCAAUGUGAGUACAUAUUUAACUAUUGGUAUGUAGUUAGUCUGUUAAUUGUACAUUGAGUUCUAGACCUGUAUAAAUUGUGUAAAUGUGACCCAUUAUUUUGUGUAACAAAUUGUGCUUGUGACAAUAAAUUCUUAUUGGAAA